UUAAUUAAUAUAAUAUAAAUAUAUUACAUAAUAAGCGGCAAAAGAUGGGCAAUUUUGUCUCUACUCUGGUGAACCUAAUUUCACAAGUGCAACAUGUUCCUGGAUCAACAUCUUUGUUGAUCCUGGAACAACAUUCCAAUUAACCCAUUAGAUUUGAGGGACAAAUUUACAUUUUGUCAAGCUUAGGCUUACAACCAGGGUUAGGUGCUUCUACAUCAGUGUUAAGGCCUGUUCACACCAAGAACGAUAACUAUAAAAGGUCACAAUAAUGAUAUAGUUCUAAAAAUCGUUCUAAAUAUAAGAGAAUAGCACUGUCCAAUAUAGAGGAACAAUAUAGUUGGGAUCACUUUCAGAAUGAUUUUUUCCAGCUGCUGGACGAUAAAACACUGACAGCCAAUCAGAAUCCAUUCUAAUUUAAGGGUUCGUGUAUUUAAAAUGGCAGACGACAUAGUGGAGAAUUUAAUCGCCAGAAAAAGCCACCACUGUUUGACAAUUCAAACCCUCUUUUCAAGGCUACUUUAAAGAAAAUGGAUAUAUGGAAAGCAGUCGGUCAUACCCUCGGAAUAAAUGGUGAGAAGUAUUAACGAUGAGAUCAUUAUGCAGGCUAGCAAAAAGUGUAACAUAAAAUUACCUAUGGUAUCCAGUGCUAGCUUCGACAACGUCUUGCUUCCUUUGAAGUUGCAGUGAAAAAGAAGCGUUGUUUUUAUUCAACUAUAUUGACUUCGUCAGGUAAAUUCACUGUUAGAUUAGAUCAUUGCACUAGCUAUUCACUCGAAUCAUAGCAUGCUGAGGACAUCUGCUGGUUAAAGCCGUGUAACUGCAACAAGAACAGCAAAAACAUGUACACACUUUGAAACAGCAGCGCGUGAGCUUACAAUAAACAGACUGUUAUCGUUCAUUGGUGUGGACGCAAAUGUAUUUAUCGUUAUAGUUAUCGUUCUUGGUGUGAAUGCGCCUUUAUUCACCUAUUAUUUCCCUCUAAAUUUAGGGAUAAAUUAUGGGUAGGGUUAGGUUUAGGGGUAGGGAUAGGAGUAGGACUACAUUGUCGGACAGGAACAUGUCUUACUUAGCAAAAUCACAGUGACCUUACAUAUAUAUGUCACUUUGCUCACAGCUGAUUGGUCCAGUUUUAGUUUGCAAUCUCUAACCCAGAAUAAAACAGCAGGUUAGCUGUGUAGCGUAAGUUACCAUGAUAGUGAACACCACUAAAAUCAAUCCACCUUCUUGAGCCCGAAAAACCAGAGUUUGCUCAAACUAAUCUUAAAAUGACCUGGGUAGCAACUGAAACCAGCUUUGUGCAACAGGCCUCAUGAGGUUUGUUAGUAGUAGUUUAGAAAAAAUACUUUUUAAUUUGCUAACAGCUGUUUUGAAUUUGUCCUGUAUUUCAGGUGAAGCUAAGCAGUUGUCCUUUAGCAUUGAUGUUCAAGUGUCAGUCAUCGGAUAUCUACUUACUGUGCAUUGAUGGACAUACAAUCAAUCUGAAAGUCUUUGAAGAAGAUAUCACAAGCAUUAUCCAUCUCCAUUAAACUCCAUAAUCUCAAGGGGUCAGUUUCUCCAGCAAAUGGAUGAGAUGGAGGGAGUCGAUUCUUAUUCCUAGUGGAAUAGAGGAGGCUUAAGGAUCAGGCUCAAACUAAAGAGAGUUCAGAUCUACAGACUUUGUGUGGAAAGGAAAACUCUUCUGUUCAAAGUAGGCACUGAAGAAAGGAAACGAAGAGAAGAGCUGAGAGGCAGAAGAAGAUUACCACACGGGCAUAACUCAUACAUUCCCUGUCAGAAGAAGCCAAUAAUUUAUAACACACAAUAUGUAUUGUACACACGCUUCCUCAGUCAAGUCGGAGCCCGCUCUCAUCACACAACAUCAAUACCACCCAUUUGAAUCGUAUCGCUGCUCUGCAGUAGCACAACGAUGUCCUCUGGCUCAGCUCCUAACAUAUUUAGAGACUUUUCUUUUCAGAUAUUCUCUUUUCGUUGUGAUCUAAGCCAUAAUGACACCAUCAGCACAAUUUCCCCUCAGGCCCACCUGACGAGACCAUCAGGUUAAUUGCAAAAAGUCUCAUUAGCGUUAUCAUACAAGCAGCCAUUUGAAUUACCAGAAACACAAUACUUACCAGAGCACAGAGUGUGUCCAAUGAAACGAAUAUGAGAGCGUGAUGAUCAACUAGUGCAGAUAACCCGGGGAAAAAGCAGCUUUAUUCUCAAAUGUCUCUGUCUCUUCAAACCACAGGAAGAGAGAUCACAGAUACUGUAGUGUUUGAGUGAAGAUAUCACACAUCCAUCUAUCUAUCUAUCUAUCUAUCUAUCUAUCUAUCUAUCUAUCUAUCUAUCUAUCUAUCUAUCUAUCUAUCUAUCUAUCUAUCUAUCUAUCUGUUGUUCUGUCUAUCUGUCUGUCAUUCUAUCUAUCUUUCUGUCUGUCGUUCUGUUUGUCUGUCAUUCUAUCUAUCUAUCUAUCUAUCUAUAUGUCGUUCUCUAUCUAUCUAUCUAUCUAUCUAUCUAUCUGUCAUUCUGUCUGUCUGUCAUUCUGUCUAUCUGUCGUUCUUUCUGUUCUAUCUAUCUAUCUUUCUAUCUAUCUGUUGUUCUGUCUGUUUAUCUGUCGUUCUAUCUGUCUGUCUGUUGUUCUUUGUCGUUCUAUCUUUCUGUCUGUCAUUCUGUCUGUCCUAUCUAUCUGUCUGUCGUUUUGUAUCUAUCUAUCUAUCAAUCUAUUUGUUCUAUCUAUCUAUCUGUCUGUCUCUCUGUCUGUAUAUCUGUCAUUCUGUCUAUCUGUCAUUCUUUCUGUUCUAUCUAUCUAUCUAUCUAUCUAUCUAUCUAUCUGUUGUUCUAUCUGUCUGUCAUUCUAUCUAUCUUUCUGUCUGUCGUUCUGUCUGUCUGUCAUUCUAUCUAUCUAUCUAUCUAUCUAUAUGUCGUUCUCUAUCUAUCUAUCUAUCUAUCUAUCUAUCUAUCUAUCUGUCAUUCUGUCUAUCUGUCUGUCAUUCUGUCUAUCUGUCGUUCUUUCUGUUCUAUCUAUCUUUCUAUCUAUCUGUUGUUCUGUCUGUCUAUCUGUCGUUCUAUCUGUGUCUGUUGUUCUUUGUCAUUCUAUCUUUCUGUCUGUCAUUCUGUCUGUCUGUCGUUCUAUCUAUCUGUCGUUUUGUAUCUAUCUAUCAAUCUAUUUGUUCUAUCUAUCUAUCUAUCUGUCAUUCUAUCUGUCAUUCUGUCUAUAUGUCGUUCUUUCUGUUCUAUCUAUCUAUCUGUCUAUCUGUCGUUCUUUCUGUCGUUCUGUCUGUCGUUCUAUUUAUCUGUUGUUCUGUCUGUCUGUCGUUCUAUCUGUCAUUCUAUCUGUCAUUCUGUCUAUAUGUCAUUCUUUCUGUUCUAUCUAUCUAUCUAUCUGUCUAUCUGUCUGUUCUUUCUGUUCUAUCUAUCUCUCUGUUGUUCUGUCUGUCUAUCUGUCGUUCUUUGUCAUUCUAUCUAUAUCUUUCUGUCUGUCGUUCUAUCUGUCUGUCGUUCUGUAUCUAUCUGUCAUUCUGUCUAUCUGUCGUUCUGUCUAUCUGUCUGUCAUUCUAUCUGUCUGUCUAUCUAUCUGUCAUUCUGUCUGUCAUUCUAUCUAUCUGAAUGUCGUUCUUUGUCGUUCUAUCUAUCUAUCUGUCUCUGUCGUUCUGUCUAUCUAUCUAUAUCUAUCUAUCUGUCGUUCUGUCUGUCGUUCUAUCUAUCUUUCUGUCUGUAGUUCUAUCUAUCAUUCUAUCUAUUGGUCUGUAUCUGUCUGUCUGUCGUUCUUUCUAUCGUUCUUUCUGUCGUUCUAUCUAUUCACAGCCAUAAUUUUAUGUAACAGUAUUCUAAUGGUGGGUAGAAGUCAGUGAUGUUCAUAACAUCCAUCCAUCCAUCCAUCCAUCCAUCCAUCCAUCUAUCCAUCAUAAUAAGUUCAAUACGGACAUCACUAAAAUUGAUAACUCACAGUUCCAUCAUUCCCAAGCAUGAGAAGGAUAAAUGAGAGUUUGUGACCAAUAGAAUCUGGCAAUUCCAAUUAUUUCAAGAAGAAUAUUAGUAAUGCUGUUUUGAACCCAUAAUCAAAAGCCAAAAAGCAUUUCCAAAAUCAAAUUAUUUACCAAUCUUUAUACUGAUAUUAUAUUUUUUUAUUUCAGUUAUCUUGACGUUAAACUCGUGUGCCACCACUUAACUGUGAAAAAAGGAAAUGACAAAGAAAAAAAAAAAAACAUCUCACUACAAAGAGCAAGCCAAAUGGAAUUGUGGGUGUUAAUUGGGGGAAAAAUAACUGUACCAUUGCUUUGCGUGGACAGCUGAGAGAUUUUUUUCCAUUGUCUCCUGCCUCCUUUUCACUCUGAAGUGCCUAUUAUCGGCUUUGAUUUUACAUAAUGUAUUGACAUCUUUGUAGUGCAUAUAAACGUGGCAAUAACUGAUGAGACCAUGGUUGGCAUCUUUCCUGGCAAAAGUUAAUUUCGUUCCUGCAGAUGGGAAUUCAGUCAAAACACACUCCAGGUGUUACUGAAUGUGUUUUGCAGUAAAUGGAUCUGUUGAUUUAUUGCAUUUUGACUAGAGUAACCUGGUGGAAAUUAAUAUACAGUAUAACCUCUGGACUACAAAAUACUAUAAAAUAGGGAAAAAUGUGACUGCCAUAAUAUGGUGCUUGCUUGAUACGCGGUUGCUAAGUUGUUCUGAGUGGAUGCUUACAGGCCCAAGUCAAAAGAGCCCCUCACCCCAAGACCUCAUAUCAGCUAUAUAUAUUUGGGAUGUGUGCCAGGACUAAUUUCAUUAAUGUUUAAAAUUUUGUAAUCGACUAGUGUAACAAAUCCCCAGAGCACUGUCAAAAAAGUUUGUAUAUGCGAUUCAUUUAAAAUAGCCUACUUUGAAUCAAACAGUCAAAUCCAAUACUGUCUGAAUGUCACUGAAAUCCAUAUGCAAUGUACUUAUAUGUGAUGCUUGCCUUGCAUUAUGAUCAUUAUACAUUAAACCAAAGUGUUCACUUAAUCAACAUUAACCAGUUUAGACAUAUUAGUCUUGCACUGCUUAUUGAUUCAUUUGAUUUUAAUAAAGUACAUACUCAGCUUAUUAAAAACAGAAUUCCUCAAAUAAAAGUUAGUCGACAUAAAUCAGCAUGUCACAGUGUUUUUGUUCG